AUGAUUAUCUACCACGGAGUUCUCCAACGUGGCGACCAUGAUGGAGCAUUCGUGCUCAUGGUGCCAGAGGGCUUAUCAGACGGCCAGGCCUUCACUGCGUACUGGAUGUUAGCGGGAGUUCCAAACUUCUACCGCGGAACAUUCGACGAUGCUUCAAGUUCGGCGGAUAUCCCCGCUGGGACCCUUCUUCACAGGGGAGAAAACUGUGAAUUCUCUUUUAUAUCCCGCGAAGACGGAGGAGGAGAGAGCGAAUGCUUCGACAGCAUCGAUAUCGAGUUUAGCUGGUACAACAAACGCGGUAUCGUUGCCUCGCUCUACCUGACCGGAGACAACAUCGUGAAUGACGGAAGCGACAGAAACGCUGCAGUUUACGCAGGUAUUCUCUCAGGUCACCCACAAACCGACGGGCGGCUCCUCGUGCUAUCAAUAUUUCAGGACAGCGCGGUGGGCGAGACAGCUCAGGUCCUACUAUUCUCGCCUGUAAGCGCACAUGUUGAGCGAGAGAGACUAUUUAUCGAAAGGUUUGAGGGCAGCGAGGCAGGGAUCGUUGCGUUUGCCGCAAGCUCUAGCCGGUGGACGCUGGAAGCCGACAGGCGUGACUUUGAGAAAGAAUCCAAAUUCACGAUAUCUCUGAAGUCGACUGAGUCCGGGGUUACGGGCUCGGCAACCGUGGAGCUGGUGUCUCCAAGUAUACCAACAGGCGCCAUCACCGUUACCCUGAUCAACGACUCCGGCCAGACUUUACAGUACUGGACCGCUCGAUCGGAUCCCCAUUUGGCAGAAGACCUCGUCAGCUUGGGGCUGGAUACUUUGUCCUUCGUGGCUCCGAAUUGGUCCCCUACGAAGGCCCUGCAGACGUUCGCCAACGGCGUUAAAGUCUUCCAGAAGAUCAAAAAGAAGAUCAGUAUCUUGUCCGGUGCGGGGGACCUUGCAAAGUCAUCUAUCGAUCUCCUGCAGCGCAAAACGGGUAAAGUUAACAGCACAGAUUUCCUGGAGCCUAAUCAAAGAAUCACCUUCUGGGACUUUGAUGGGACAAUCACGGGAGGGAUGGACAUGUCACUCACUUGGUUCAGGCUCGAUUACGAAGAAAAUAAAAAGACAGCGUUGCUACAUUUCGAUACCGCAACUACGACUUUCAACAAGCUAAAGUCGUACUCGGAGAUCCGCGCCAGCGAACUCUUCGAAGUCCCAAAGGAUUUCAAAACGGGCGAGAAGUUGAAGCGUCAGGGAAGCCGGUUGCGCAGCACGCUGCCGGAAGGGUGGACUGCAAAGUCGAAGACCAUCAGUCUCACUACACCUCUUGUCAGGUGUAAUUUUCACGGGCAGAAGAUCAGCAACCUGACCCUGACCUGUGGCCAAGUACCGGACUGCUCCACCGCGGAUUCCCUCCCGGCAUGGUCGGACGGCGUGCUGUAUAAUCCCAUUACAACCAAGGUGUACAAAAAGACGUUUGAUAUAUACUGCUCGGAUGUCAGGACGGAUGCCGCUGUGGGCUACCUGGAUAACAGCCACCUUCUCUACGUCGAGGGCGACGUGGACGAGUACAAACCUCUCGAUUAUCAUUUGUACACCACGAAGGGUACGUUCAUCAGGCACUACUUUUAUCAGCCCCCUUCGUCGUCAAAUAUAAGCAAGAUGCGGGCGACGGCGUGGUCACACAAGGUGGUCUUCCUCGAGUACGCGUUUAUCCAGCCGGACCCGACGGGAACCUACAAGAACCUGCAAGUGGUAGAGUUCCCCCGUGAGGUUGGCGAUCCAAAGAUCGCAACGGGUUUGCAGGCCCCUCCGCCGAGGUCGCGCUGGUACGAACCGUUCCUGGACGCCGUCCGGGAAGGUCUGUGCUCUGGAGAUAACUGGAAGAAGCGAUACUGGGCGUAUUGGUUCGACCCGGAUAAGGAUCGCGUGUACGGAGCGGUAUACAAGAGCCGAAGGGUCAACGAGAAGGCGGGGGUAUCGCCUUGGAUUAUCAGGCGCAGGUAUCCGCCUACGCACGAGAAUCUGAGGCCGGCAGACUGGCCGGUCGUAGCGUUUGUAUGCCAGGGGGACAUGCCGAUUAAUUUCAAUGAUUGUAGCGUCGCCGACGAGGAAGUGAAUGCGUCCAAGUAUGACACCUAG